AUGGAAAGAUUAAACCAACUUGCUGGACAAUUAAAACCAACCUCUAAACAAGCUUUACUUGAAAAGAACCCAGACGAUGUUGUUAUCGUCGCAGCUUACAGAACCGCUGUUACUAAGGGUCUUAAGGGUGGAUUCAAGGAUGUUAGAUCUGAUUAUAUUUUAAGAAACUUCUUAGUUGAAUUCAUCAAGAAGACCAAAGUUGACCCAAAGUUGAUUGAAGAUGUUGCGUGUGGUAAUGUUUUGAACCAAGGUGCAGGUGCCACUGAACAUCGUGGUGCUUGCCUCUCUGCUGGUAUUCCAUACACCGCUGGUUUUAUUGCGGUGAACAGAUUCUGUUCUUCUGGUUUGAUGGCCAUUUCUGAUAUUUCCAAUAAGAUCAAGUGUGGUGAAAUCGACUGUGGUUUAGCUGCAGGUGUCGAAUCGAUGUCCGCCAACUGGGGUCCACAAGCUAUUUCUAAGGUCGAUGCAAACUUAGCUGAAGACCCAGAAAUGGAAAAAUGUAUGAUUCCUAUGGGUAUCACCAACGAAAACGUUGCUGCUAAAUACAACAUUCCAAGAUCUGUGCAAGAUGAAUUCGCUGCUAAGUCAUACGCAAAGGCAAGUAAGGCUGUCAAAAGUGGUGCUUUCAAGGAUGAAAUUUUACCAAUACAAACUGCCAUUGCUGAAGGAGAUGAAGAUGAAGGAGAUGUUACCUACAAGAAUGCUAUCAUUGACACCGAUGAAUGUCCAAGAGAAGGUGUUACUGCUGAAUCAUUAGGUAAGAUUAGACCUGCUUUCAAGAGUGAUGGUACUACACACGCUGGUAAUUCAUCCCAAGUUUCCGACGGUGCUUCCGCUGUCUUAUUAAUGAGAAGAUCUGUCGCUGAACAAAAGGGUUAUCCAAUCGAAGGUAAGUUCGUCUUAUGUUCUACUGUUGGUUGUCCACCAGAAAUUAUGGGGGUCGGUCCAUCUGUUGCCAUCCCAGAAGUCUUAAAGAAAACUGGUUUAACUGUUGAUGACAUUGAUGUUUUUGAAAUCAACGAAGCUUUCGCUGCUCAAUGUUUAUACUCAGCUCAAGUCUGUAAAGUUCCAGAAGAAAAAUUAAACAUUAACGGUGGUGCCAUCUCUAUUGGUCAUCCAUUGGGUGGUACAGGUACUAGACAAUACGCCACUAUUUUAAGAUUAUUAAAGAAGGGUGAAAUCGGUCUUACUUCCAUGUGUAUUGGUUCUGGUAUGGGUGCUGCUUCUGUUCUUGUCAGGGAAUAA